AUGGAGCAGACCUACAUCAUGAUCAAGCCGGACGGUGUCCAGCGCGGCCUCGUUGGCGAGAUCAUCGGCCGCUUCGAGAAGCGCGGCUACAAGCUCGUCGCCCUCAAGCUCGUCCAGCCCUCGGUCGAGCACCUCGAGAAGCACUACGAGGACCUCUCGUCCAAGGGCUUCUUCAAGGGCCUCAUCAAGUACAUGGCCUCGGGCCCCGUUGUCGCCAUGGUCUGGGAGGGCAAGGACGCCGUCAAGACCGGCCGCACCAUCCUCGGCGCCACCAACCCGCUCGCGUCGGCCCCGGGCACCAUCCGUGGUGACUUUGCCAUCGACGUCGGCCGCAACGUCUGCCACGGCUCGGACGCCGUCGAGUCGGCGCAGAAGGAGAUCGCUCUCUGGUUCCCGGAGGGCCUCACCCAGCACAAGCUCGCUUCGGAGGCCUGGGUCUACGAGUAA